AUGUCUGAUCGUAUAACUACUUCAUUAUCAUUCAAUGAUCCACAACCGUCAUCAAGUGAAGAUACCAUUUAUUUCUCUUUAUCAAUUACCUUUGAUUCACCAAAACAUGGUGGUCGUCAUCGAGAUUUUAUUUGGUCGUAUUUUGACGAUAUGGGUCCAGCUAAAAUACCUGGUCAUCCUGCAUUUGAUGUAUUCUCAUAUUGCACAUCAAUGCGACGAGAUUGUUAA